GUUAAUACUCCAUUUGAUAAAACUUGUGAUCAGAGGUUUCAUUGGAUCCUCGAUUCGAAUAAAGAAAAAUCGUCUUUGGUUCAAUCCAAUGAUCCACAAAGACCCUUAGUCCACUUUAAAAAAACUCCUCUUGAUAAUGAAUUCUUGAUCAUGUUUUUAGAAAAGGCUCCAUAUGGUUGGUCUCCACGCAUUGCCGAUCGUCUGUCUAAGUAUCUUUCGGCAAAAUCUAAUAAUGGUCAAAGAAGAGGUUCUGAUUCUUCAGGUUCUGUCAAAAGUGAUUCUUUAAGUGGUAAUUUAUUUAUUGAGAAUGAUCUAGAUGAUGAUGAAAAGCAUUGGCAUGAAUUCGUUUUGGCGUCAACUGUCGCCAUUCAAGAUGAA